UCUGUACAAUAGGACGGUAAUAUUACCGCACGUGUCAUUUUUUUUUACCAUAAAAUUUCUUAUGAUCUGUUAAGAUGGAUGUAAAGUUGUGUACAGUGUUUUAUGUUUGGAUGAUUUCAAGAUGUGUUUUGGCCAAGGGGCAGCAGCUUUAUUCUGGGAACGGUGAAACUCGAAAGCAUUGGAACGAUCUGGCAAACAAUGAGCUCAAGAAAGCAAAGCAAAUGCAACCAAAUCUUGCCGUAGCUAAAAAUGUUAUCGUAUUUCUUGGGGAUGGAAUGGGCGUUUCGACGGUGACAGCGGCGAGAAUUUUGCAAGGUCAACUUAAAAAUAAAACAGGAGAAGAAGAACUUUUGAGUUUUGAACAUUUCCCACAUGUUGGCCUGUCAAAGACAUAUAACCAAGAUGCGCAAACUGCUGACUCGGCAGGAACGGCGACGGCUUAUUUCAGCGGCAUUAAAACUAACUUUGGACUAAUAGGAUGUGAUGCUAGAGCAAGACGAGGCAAGUGUGCCUCCAUGAGUGAAGAAACAAAAUUAAAAACAAUCCUACACUGGUCUCAACAAGCAGGAAAAUCUGUGGGUUUAGUGACAACAACACGUGUGACUCACGCCACCCCCGCCGCCCUGUACGCACAUACACCUGAACGUAACUGGGAGAAUGAUGCCGAUAUUGAUGACCAUGUUGGUAAUUGUACUGACAUUGCUGCCCAGCUGAUAGACGCUAACAUAGAUAUACAGGUUAUUCUAGGAGGAGGUCGGGAGAAAUUUCUUAAGAACAACACUGAUGAUCCUCAAAGUGGCACUAUUACCAAUGGACGAACAGAUGGCCGAGAUUUGAUACAGGAAUGGCAGGACAAACAGAAAAAGCUGAAAAGAUCUUAUAAAUAUGUCUGGAACAACACUGCAUUUAAAGAUAUAAAUCCUGCUGAGACUGAAUAUCUAUUUGGUUUAUUCAACAAAGGUCACAUGAAAUUUGAAAUAGAACGAGGGAAUGAUGAGCCGCAUUUAAAAGAAAUGACAGAGAUGGCGAUAAAAAUACUCAGUAAAAAUGAGAAAGGGUUUUUCCUACUUGUCGAAGGUGGACGGAUAGAUCACGCCCAUCAUUACGGCCAGGCAGUAAGGUCUCUCCAUGAUACUUUAGCAUUUGCUGACGCCGUGCAGACUGGUAUGUCAUUGACCGACACCAAGGACACGUUAGUAAUAACAACGGCGGACCAUUCACAUACGUUUACUAUGGGCGGGUACCCGACCAGGGGCAAUCCUAUUUUUGGUUUCACAGACGAUCGAAAGGGACACGCCUUGUUGGCCAAAGACAACAAACCGUUCACUACAUUAAAUUACGCAAAUGGGCCAGGUGGAUACGCGGCAAUAGAACCCAAAGUCAGACCAAACCUAACAAACACUAAUACAGCUGACAUGAAUUACAGACAACAGGCUGGAGUGCCUCUAGAAUCAGAGAGCCAUGGUGGUGAAGAUGUCGCUAUAUAUGCACAAGGACCUAUGGCUCAUCUUUUUCACGGCGUUCAUGAACAGCACUAUAUUGCUCACGUGAUGGCGUACGCAUCUUGUGUCGGCAGUUACUCGUCUCCGAAUUCUUGCGCUGAAGCCGAUGUCCCAAUCACCAGCAACUGUGGUAUCAUAGAAUCAAACAUAUUAAUAUUGGUUCUAACUACAUUUCUAUUAUGUUUUCUGUGAUAUAAUAUGUGCUUCAUUAACAUUUGCCUUCUCAUUUAAUAAAAAAAGGGUUUGUUGUUAGUAAUUUCAUAAUAAAGCUUUAAUAAAUUUUUACAUUUUGUUUGA